UUAUUGUUCUGCCAACGGCAUAUACGGAGGGAGCUACACAGAAGCUCCACCGUCCCCUGUUUCCCACCCCCUCCCCUGUCCCAUUCGACAAAACACGCCAAGCACGCGCACCGAAUCCAUCGCCGAGCAAGCGAAGCAGACACCACCUGUCCAGACCGCCGCCCACCGUCUCCCAGGAGCUCAGAGGCGCCACCAAGAACCGCACGGAAGCAGCCGGAGCAAGCGGCACGUGAGAGGAUCGAUGGCGAUGGCCGGCGGAGCCCCGCCGGCGCCGCUGCCGGUGGUGGGGCACCAGUUCUGCGCGCCCUACGUGGUGCCGCUCACGGUGACCAAGAAGGCCCUCAGCCUCUCCGACGGCGACUUCGCCAUCACGGACGCCAACGGCGCCGUCGUGCUCAAGGUCAAGGGCGCCAUCUUCAGCAUCCGGAGCCGCCGCACCAUCCUCGACGGCGCCGGGAUGCCCCUCCUCACCAUGCAGGAAAAGGUGUUCAGCAUGCACCACCGAUGGGAGGUGUUCAGAGGGGACAGCACCAACGCAGGCGACCUGCUCUUCACCGUGAAGACAACUUCGCUGAUCCAACUCAAGACGGAGAUGGAUGUCUUCUUGGCCGGGAACACCGCGCAGCAGGUCUGCGACUUCAAGAUCAAGGGCAGCUACUUCGACAGGUCCUGUGUCUUCUACCUUGGCGACUCCAACAACAUGGUAGCUCAAAUGAGCCGUAAACUGACUGUUUCCAAUGUGCUGCUGGGGAGGGACACGUUCAGUGUGACCGUGUUCCCGCACGUCGACUACGUGUUCAUCGCGAGUCUUGUUGUGAUCCUGGAUGAGGUUCACAGGGACAAACGCGAUGAUUGAUGAGUGAGUUAUAUACACUCCUGGAUCCUGAGCGUUCCUGGAGUUCUACUACUGUCGUGUCAUCUCAAGUUGAUGUGUUGUCACUGGUCACUGGUGUUAUCUGCAUUUCUUGUAGCAUUAUGCGAGCAUGGUGAACCAUGCUGAAUUGCGAUGUCGUGGAAUAAUGUUUAUGCACCUUACAUUUGAUCCCUGGCCUGCCAGUGUAUCAUUUGUAUUUACCGCUGUGAUGGAUUGUUUGCUUGAGAUGAAAUGUUGAGCUAUAUAUAAUUCUUAUUUCUC